AUGGCGAUAGAGCGCAGAUUGUCUGACAGGCCUGGGGUGCCACAAGAGUUUCAGACUAUCUUAAGCCGAACCGCUCGGAAUCUCUUGGUUCACAUUCGUCGACUUCAACACAACCAAACCAUUUCCAUCCCAUCCGAGUCCCGGGCCUGGGAAAUCCACCGUUUCAAUGACUCACUUGAAUGCGUCCUAAAAAGUGAGCUCAAACUGACUCGAACUCGUCGCCCACCACCAAUAAAGCGCCCCAACGACCUGUUGAUUCAUCCUCAAGCCGUCUCUCUCAAUCCAAUCGACAAGUUGAUGCUCACUGGCUAUGGUAAAGCCGCCUUCCAGAUGUUUCGUCGUCUCUCUUCCAGUCAGUCCUGCAAUGAAUUUCCUCUCACCCCCGGACGCGACUUCGCAGGUAUUGUGGUUGAUUCCGGUCCUCGAGCGGCUCUACUCUCCUUCCCUCCUGGAACUCCAGUAAUGGGCGCUACAAGACCGCAUACUAGCAGUCUCGGAGGCGGCUGUCUAUCAGACUACAUUCUCUGUCCUGUUGGAGCCGUUGCAAGGCGUCCGGAAAGGCUGGACCCUGUUCUUGCUGCUGCUGUGAGCUACGCUGGUCUCACAGCCUGGGAAGCUGUUUGGAAAGCUGGAAUGGACCCUAAUAGACGCUUUUCCGAUGCCCCCAAACGAGUUCUUGUUACUGGAGCAUCAGGACCUGUUGGUGCGAUAUCUGCCCAGUUAGCAAAGAUUUCGGGAGCAUCUCAUGUUACUGUUACUGCCCCGUCACGUGUUGAAAAAACCGAUCUAAAAAUUUCACUUCGUGUAGAUGAGGUUAUUCUCGCUCCGGAAAUGCCCUACGUGAAUGUUAGAUAUGACGCAAUCAUCGAUUGCGUUAGACCAAAAAUUCUUGCAGUGACUCGUGAUGUCUCAAAGUGCCCGGAUUUGAGGCACUUUGAAUUUCAGGAAUACUACCCUUUUCUACGGAAUCUUGAAUCUUCCUCGUCUGCUUCACGCUACGUUAGCGUAAAUCCACCCGUUUUCCAGUUCAUCGACCAAUUGGGUCUUUCCAUUGGUAUUGGUACUUCUCUGGCUUCACUGGCUUACGCCAAUCUGCACACUUUACUCGCUGAACACGGAAGCGCUCCCCUCCGUUGGGCCUUCUUUGAACCCAGCGGAAGUCGCCUGAAAGCACUCGCUGAUUGGCUUGUUCAAGGUCAACUGCACGUGCCCAUUGAAAAGCUAUACACCUUUGAUCAGGUUCCAGCGGCGUUUCAAAAACUUUCUGGUGGUGGUAAUAACGGCAAAAUUGUAAUUGGGCUGGAGUAG